AUAAAACUUCAUGGGGUGAUGCAGACGAAUGUAAACUCCAGGUUUUAUCAAAACUGCUAUGAUAGUGAAAGUUGAGCAUGUUUGUUUCUGCUGGCUCGCAUCGGCGCGCAACCACUAAGUUGUCGCGCGUGGUUGCAUUAGUUUCAUUAAAUUUAGCUGCGUCGUGACAUUAUGAACGGCAAGACCGAUGAAUCCGGCGAUAAAAGCGUUGGCACAUCAAACAUGCUUACGGAACCCACAACCGAGUCAUCAGAAAUGACAUCGAAAGAUUAUUAUUUCGACUCAUAUGCCCACUUUGGAAUUCACGAGGAAAUGCUGAAAGACGAAAUUAGAACACUCACGUAUCGUAGUGCUUUAAUUCACAACAAACACCUCGUUAAGGAUAAAGUGGUACUAGAUGUAGGGUGUGGGACUGCAAUUCUCUGUUUGUUUGCAAUCAAAGCGGGUGCAAAGCAUGCGAUUGGGAUUGAGUGUUCUAACAUUAUUGAUCGGGCAAGGGAGGUCGUCCAAGCUAACAAUAUGGCUGACAAGAUAACAUUGAUCAAAGGGAAAGUUGAAGAAGUAGAGCUACCUCCUGAAUUCCCGAAAGUCGAUAUACUCAUUAGUGAAUGGAUGGGCUAUUGCUUAUUCUACGAAUCAAUGUUAAACACCGUCAUUUUCGCCAGAGACAAGUGGCUGGCCCCUGGAGGUUUGAUAAUGCCUGAUCGUGCAACUCUUUAUGUGUGUGCUAUAGAAGAUAGACAAUACAAGGAUGAAAAGAUUAAUUGGUGGGAUAGUGUUUAUGGUUUCGACAUGAGCUGUAUAAGAAAAGUUGCACUCACAGAACCACUAGUUGAUGUGGUUGAUCCUAAUCAAGUUGUGACAAAUUGCUGCUUGGUUAAAGAAGUUGAUAUGUACACUAUCACAGUUCCUGAUUUGACAUUCAGUUCGCCUUUCACACUCACCUGCAAGAGAAAUGACUACAUCCAAGCGUUGGUGACAUUUUUCAAUAUCGAUUUCACUGCCUGUCACAAGCCGACAGGCUUCUCAACAGGUCCGGACGAACGUCGCUACACACACUGGAAACAGACUGUAUUUUAUCUAGACAAUGGUGAUGAUGACUGUCUUACUGUAAAGAAAGGCGAAAUAAUAAAUGGUCUGAUGUCUAUUAAACCAAACGCUCGAAACAAUCGGGAUCUUGACAUCAACAUUAAAGUGGAAUUUGAAGGAGAAUUAUCCUCAAUUGAUGCAACGUUCAACUACCGAAUGCGUUAGAUUGUACUUUACAGUUGCUUUGAAUCAGACUUUACUAAUCAAUAUUUCUAAGCACCUGAUUUUAUAUUUCUCUUAUUGCCUUUGGUGUGCAAAAGCAUUUAAUUCGUACAUCUUGAUGCCACCAGAUUUGUUAGAGCAUUCCCCUUCAGUAUCGUAACUUUUCGGCCUGCACGUGUACUAUCACGUUUUGUCUUCACUUUCUACUGGAUUUUUGAAAAUAAAUGAAUAUGAUGCGCAAUUUUUUAAAGUGAAUCAGCAGAUGUGACGGGGAAAAAUAACGCCUACGUAAGAACCCCGUAAGUCGGUAGUCAAAACUUGCGACUGCGUUGGAAUCAGCCACUGUAUUUAACAAUAGCCGGAAGGCAUCCAGCUCAUCCGAGGCACCAAGAGCAAGAAGCAUUGUAUCACU